GUGUAGGAUUCCAUAAUAAUUGACCCCUCUGAGUUCUGAUCUGCUCUCCUGCACUAUCUCUACACGGAUUUUAUCUCUCAUAUUCAUAAAAUCAUCAAAUACACGAUACACAACACACACUCAAACGCCCUUUUCAAGAUCAAAUUCCACCAGAUCUUCCAGACUUCACUCAUUAAAUCCUUCAGUUAACAGGAAGCAUCACAACUCUACUACUCUAUCCAGAAAUGGGUUGUGGUCACAACCCUAACUUACUACACCAUUUAACCAUUUCUCUUCUCUUUCUCUCGAUUCCAUUCACAACCCAACUUAGAUCCAUCGCUCAAGGUAGAAUGCUGGUAACACAAGCCACCCAUUCUCAGGUGGAAGAUGAAAAGACGAUACUAAGAGGACAAAUAGGAUCAAGACCACCAAGAUGUGAAAGAAGGUGUGGUUCUUGUGGUCAUUGUGAAGCCAUUCAAGUGCCGACAAACCCACAAAUCAAGAAUACUGCAUCUAAUGGAGUAAAUAAUCCAGCAGUUGGAGCUACAAUAGCAUAUGCAAGAGGUGAUUACAGCUCAAACUACAAACCCAUGAGUUGGAAAUGCAAAUGUGGGAGCUUUAUCUUCAACCCAUGAGAUUAAUUAUCUUGAUCGAUUCUAUUCUUCAUUGGUUACUAUAAUAGUAAGUGUACAUAAUGAGGAGUUAAGAGUAUUUGUUUAAAAUCAUCUUCUCGGAGCUCUUUGGUUUUUAUGCUUUGAGUGUUGCCUUGUUCUUGGGGGCCUGAUUUUUGUACUUGCUUCCUUUUGCGAUUAAUCUAUUGGUUAUAAGUAUUAUUUAUCGUAUAA